CGCCAGAGGGCGGUGCUGCCGGACGCUAGGCCGGUGCCGGGAGUAGCGGGCGGGCCGUGGCCCCACCGCAGCCCUUCGCCCGCCGCCAUGGGGGACGUGAAGAACUACCUGUACGCUUGGUGCGGGAAGAGGAGAGUGACGCCGGCCUACGAGAUCCGUGCCAGCGGCGGCCGCAGCCGGCAGACCUUCCUCUGCGAGGUUCGAGUAGAAGGCUUUAACUAUGUUGGCAUGGGCAACUCCACAAACAAGAAGGAUGCACAGACCAACGCUGCUCGAGACUUUGUCAAUUACUUAGUUCGGGUGAAUGAAAUGAAGAAAGAGGAAAUUCCAUCUUUUGGACCAGCAGUAGGCGAUAUCCCCGAUGGAGGAUAUGAAGCAGCUAGAGAUGUUACUGGUUCCAGUUCUACUUUGGGUGGCCCUCUUCCUCCACAUUUGAUUAUAGAGGCUGAAAUAGUGGUAGGCAAUGGCCCAGGUGCAGCACCUGGAAACUGUGGCAGUCAUGGAGCUCAGUGGGAUCGAGGUGCAAAUUUGAAAGAUUAUUAUUCAAAGAAAGAGGAGCAAGAAGCACAGGCAACCUCAGAAUCAGAAGUGGACUUAAAUGCUGAUCUUCACGGGAGCUGGACCUUGGACAAUGCCAAGGCACGCCUGAAUCAGUUUUUCCAAAAGGAGAAGAUUCAGGAAGAAUAUAAAUACACUGAAAUGGGGCCUGAUCACAACAGGAGCUUUGUUGCAGAAAUGAACAUUUAUGUGAAGCAGUUGGGCAGAAGGAUUUUCAGUCGUGAGCAUGGAUCAAACAAAAAGCUGGCAGCACAGUCCUGUGCCCUUUCCUUGGUUAGACAGCUCUACCAUCUUGGUGUCAUAGAACCUUAUUCUGGGCAGACAAAGAAAAAAGGAGAAUCGGUGGAACCCUAUGAGGUGUUGCUGUCUUCUGACUUAGAAAAUCAGCUGCAAAAGACUGUACGGGAACUGUCUCUGGAGAUUGUGCCUUUGCCUGAAGAUCCCAGUAAUCCUGUUCUGAUAAAUGUUGGAAAGUUAGCCCAUUUUGAACCAUCGCAAAGACAAAGUCAUUCGGGAGUUGUUCCAUGGUCACCACCUCAUUCCAACUGGAACCCUUGGACCAGCUGCAAUAUUGAUGAAGGUCCUCUGGCAAAUCUCACUCCAGAGCAAAUAAGCAUGGAUCUGAAAAGUGAUUUCAUGUACCGUUUGGAGCAGGAUCCAGAAUUACAAAGGAUCCAACAAGAAAGAGAGGACUUGCCUGUAAAGAAUUUUGAAGGUGAAAUUCUAGAUGCAGUCCAUCACAAUUCUGUUGUUGUAAUUCGUGGUGCCACUGGUUGUGGCAAAACCACACAAGUUCCGCAGUACAUCCUGGAUGAAUACAUCAGAACCAACAGAGCUGCAGAAUGCAACAUAGUAGUGACACAGCCUCGGAGGAUUAGUGCGGUUUCUGUCGCAGAGCGUGUGUCGUAUGAGAGAGGAGAACAACCUGGGCAAAGCUGUGGGUACAGCGUGCGAUUUGAAUCUGUGCUUCCUCGGCCACAUGCCAGUGUGCUCUUCUGCACCGUAGGUGUUCUUCUGAGAAAGGUGGAAGCUGGGAUCCGUGGCAUUAGUCAUGUUAUUGUUGAUGAGAUCCAUGAGAGAGACAUUAAUACUGACUUUCUUCUGGUGGUGCUGAGAGACGUAGUUCAGGCAUAUCCUGAAAUCAGGGUUAUCCUCAUGUCCGCCACCAUCGACACUAGUAUGUUUUGUGAAUACUUCUUCAACUGUCCAAUCAUUGAGGUGUUUGGUAGAACCUUUCCUGUCCAAGAUUAUUUUCUGGAAGAUUGCAUUCAAAUGACUCAGUUCAUUCCUCCACCAAAGGAAAAGAAGAAGAAAGAGAAGGAUGAAGAAAGUCCUGAAGAUGAUGACACCAAUUGCAACCUUAUUUGCAGUGAUGAAUAUGGCCCAGAAACAAAGCACGCCAUGGCUCAGCUGAAUGAAAAAGAAACAUCUUUUGAACUCAUUGAGGCCCUGCUAAUUUAUAUCAAGACUCUGAAUGUCCCAGGAGCUGUACUUGUUUUCUUGCCUGGCUGGAACUUGAUAUAUACAAUGCAGAAGCAUCUAGAAAUGAAUCCACGCUUUGGAGGUAACCAGUAUAGAAUUUUACCUCUGCAUUCACAAAUUCCUCUGGAGGAGCAACGUCGAGUGUUCGAUCCUGUGCCUCCUGGAGUAAUGAAAGUUAUUUUAUCUACCAGCAUUGCUGAGACUAGCAUUACCAUCAAUGAUGUGGUCUAUGUUAUAGACUCCUGCAAACAAAAAGUGAAGCUGUUCACUGCUCAUAAUAACAUGACAAACUAUGCCACAGUCUGGGCAUCAAAAACUAAUUUGGAGCAGCGGAAAGGAAGAGCUGGACGUGUGCGUGCUGGGUUUUGUUUCUAUUUGUGCAGCAGAGCUCGCUUCGAAAGACUUCAAACUCAUAUGACACCCGAAAUGUUUCGAACACCACUUCAUGAAAUUGCUUUGAGCAUCAAAUUGCUGCGGCUGGGAGGAAUUGGUCAGUUUUUGGCCAAAGCAAUAGAACCACCACCUUUGGAUGCAGUGAUUGAAGCAGAACGCACACUAAGAGAGCUCGAUGCCCUGGAUUCCAAUGAUGAGUUGACACCUCUUGGAAGAAUCCUAGCCAAACUUCCCAUUGAACCUCGUCUUGGCAAGAUGAUGAUAAUGGGCUGUAUUUUUUAUGUGGGGGAUGCUGUUUGUACCAUCUCUGCAGCUACCUGUUUCCCUGAACCUUUUAUCUGUGAAGGCAAACGCCUGGGUUAUGUCCAUAGGAAUUUUGCUGGGAGCAGGUUUUCAGAUCAUGUUGCUUUGCUCUCCGUCUUCCAAGCCUGGGAUGAUGCAAGAAUGGGUGGUGAAGAAGCAGAAAAAAGAUUUUGUGAACACAAAAGACUCAGCAUGGCUACUCUUAGAAUGACUUGGGAAGCAAAAGUCCAGCUGAAAGAUAUACUUAUGAAUUCCGGCUUCCCUGAAGAAUGUUUGAUGACUCAACCGUUUAACAACACUGGACCGGAUAAUAAUCUGGAUGUUGUAAUCUCCCUGCUUGCUUUUGGGGUCUACCCCAAUGUCUGCUACCACAAGGAGAAGAGGAAAAUUCUUACCACUGAGGGGCACAACGCACUUAUCCACAAGUCAUCUGUCAACUGCCCUUUCAGCAGCCAGGAAAUCAAGUAUCCAUCGCCUUUUUUUGUUUUUGGAGAAAAGAUUCGAACACGAGCUAUCUCUGCCAAAGCAAUGACCUUGGUGAGCCCGCUACAGCUGCUUCUUUUUGCCUCCAAGAAAGUACUGUCGGAUGGGGAGCUCAUUCUGGUAGAUGAUUGGAUCAAGCUGAAGAUGUCCCACAACGCAGCUGCCUGCAUCACUGCUCUGCGUGCUGCGAUGGAGGCUCUUGUUGUGGAAGUGACUAAAAAUCCUGAGAUGAUUCAGCAGCUGGACCCAGCAUAUGAGCGAAUGCUGAAUAUGAUCCGUCAGAUCUCCAGGCCGUCAGCCGCAGGCAUUGGUCUCAUGGCUGCUAAUGCAAGGUAUGGAGAUGGUCCUCGGCCCCCCAAAAUGGCUCGCUACGACAACGGAGGUGGCUUCAGAGGCUGGGGAGGUUACCCCCAUGGCCCUGGCUACAGGGGUAGAGGGUACCAUGGCUACAGCUAUUCUGGCAGAUCCUCAGGAGGAAGAGGAUACCAAGGUAGCCCAGGGAGAGGCUACGGAGGUGGGGGUGGCUAUCGAGGAGGAGGGUAUCGAGGAGCAGGCGGUGGCUAUAGAGGAGGCUAUGGGGAUUCGGGGAGGGGUGGGUGGUAGUUACAGAAGUUCAGAGGAGUCUUUCCACUUCGACUGAAGCGCGUUUCUCUCUCAAAUUCCUUUCUUGCCCUUACCAGUCUGUUUGCCAUUUCAGUUUCUUAGUACAAGUAGAGCUCUGUAAGAUAUCCUACCCUUAGGAAAUUUACUGCAAGCUGUAUGAUUUUGUUCUUAAUAAAGAGUUUGUUUUAAAGACUUAUAUGCUAUAUGUUGAAUUUUGUAGUUGGAUUUAGAUUUUGGAGCUGUUCUGUUGUUAGUUUUGUUUGUAGAAGGUAAAAGGCAUUUGAGGAAACCUUUUCAGUGUCUAAAACCAUUCUCUGCCAAACAAAUAAUUACAGAACUUUCGCUCAGUGGGGGUUUUUCUUUGUCAUCUAAUAAACUGUGCAAAUUGGCCUUGCUGCAGUGGUUUUCUGUCUAUGCUAGGCAGCACUUAGCCCUUUGCAGCCAGCCACUGCCUGCUGCUCGCUGUGUUACACUUUGCGGCACAGCUGAUGAGCUCUUUUGCUGAUCCAGAUAAUGCAGGAACAUAGAAUUCCUUUUUCAAGACUGAUGUGAUGCUGCUUGUCUCUGCAGAACCUGAAGUGAUCUCAGAAGCAUUAACUGUGCCCUUCAUCUGAGGCAGUGUUCAUUUACAUUGCUACUCUGAAAUAGUCACGAUUCAUUCUUCCAAAUGCAUGUGAAAGAGCAAUUCUUUAAUGAGAAUUCAUUGAAAUUGCAGCCUGUGAACUCCAGACAUUCAAAACUCAGCUGGCUGCCUGGUGCUUGCAUAAGUAUAUUGACACACAGAGGGUAAAAAGCCCUUCAGUGAGGUAUGGUUUCCUCUGUACCUCUCAGACGAGCACCUGGGAAAUGACUGGAACAGGGGUGGAUGACGGGGUACCCGCAGGUACAGAUUACUCUUAAGGGUUUUCUGCAGUCAGGCUGGGUUGUGUAAACCAGGUGGGAGAAGUGCUCCAGCUUACGAUAAAUGUUUGUGUAUGAAUGGGGUUUUUUUGGCCCAAACUGGUGGGACUCCCUUGCCUCUUUCAUCGCACAGCCACAAAACCAGCUGUGCUGGCUUGGGGCAGCAGCAGGCAGGUACUGCCCCUCGCACAGACUGUGCUGCAGCAGCAAAGGAAGGUGACUGUGCACGCAGCUUGGUAUGAAUCCUGUUGCGUUACCAAGUCUGACGAGAUUAACCUCCCCAUUAAUCCAACUAGAACGCUUAUUCAGAAGCAAUAAUUAGUUGUGCUUACUGGGGCGUGGGAGAUGUUGGUAUUUGAGUGAAGUUUAAAGCAAGUCCAACAUUUUUUGUAUUUCUAAUGACGAGUUCUUAAAAGCUGGGUAAGGGUGAAGCACUGUUUCUUUAAUCAAAACUGCUAAAAGCCAAAUGCUACAUGAAGCUUAGGUAUCCAGCUGUGAAUUACAGAGCUAUCUUUGAUAUCAUCAAGUGUAUCAGUAUUCAUCUCCAAACUUAAAUCUGGGAUUAAUUUGGAGCAUGUAUCAUCUUCUGCAUGGUCUGAUGCAGUAAACUCCACAACCCUUUCUGCUGGUGUGGACUUUUCUGCAGAUUGAAGAAUGGUCACUCUGUGCCACCACUACUGAAAAUGUGAUUAUUUUUCUUUUUCUGUUAGGGAAUCAGCAGGGAUAGACAUUGAAAGAUGUGCUGUAGCGUUUGUUACCUGUCCUUUCCACAUCUGUAUUUAUUGCAUCCAGACAAAACUAGCUUGCCUUGGCUUGCCCGUCCAUUGUGUUAUUGCAGUUGUGUUACUAACACGAAACUGGAAACAGGAAGCAGAUGUCUAAGGGUUUUAAAGAGAACUAUACUUAAUAAUUUUAGUAUCAAUCCUACAAGUCUUAAGUAUGAUCUAACAUUUGUUAAAGCUUUCAAUUUAGCUGUUACUGGUCUUCAAAAGAAGUCAGUAUUUAAACAAGAAGCAGGAGAGGUGGGUGCAAGGUGAGCACAGACCAGAGCUUAAGGAAGGGCUCUACAGCAGCAGGCUGUUCAGCACUGCCUCAGUUUUACAUAUGCAGAAAUAGAACUGGAGAUACUGGGAAAAAUUCAGAUGAACUCUGGCAAGCUGGCCCCCCCUUGGAAAGCAGCUCUGCAGGCAUUUCCAUGACUGAGUCCUGCUAUUUCAGUUAAGGUUUUGUUCUGAUCAGGCCUUCAUGUGUAGUGGGGUCCUUCACCACAGACUGCUUCCAACUGCAUAAUUACUAUUAGCUUUUCCCUGUUCCUACUGUGAGGAGUUCUAGGAGGUGUAAUAGGAUACCAGUGAUUAUCAAGUAUUUGUACAAUAUUCUCUGAUACUAGCUAAAAAUAUUUUUACUGGGGCUACUUCAAUAUGAAGUCCUAGCUAAAGAAAUUCCCGUUUUAGAGGAAAGUUGAUGUUUCUUAGGUCUAUUUACAAAAAUUAUUCUGAUUUGUAACUGUAAAGCUAUCAUUUACUGUUACUGGAAAAGGACCCAAAAAUGCUAUGUUAACAUUAAUGCUGUACUAUGAGGUCUCUCUGGUUCUAGUACUAUUGCAGUGAUGAAUGUUGUAACUCUCUUAAGUUGGAUGUGCUUCUUGGGUACAGCUCAACUCCAGAGUCCUAUUCAUUAACCGAAAGAUUAAAUCUAAUAUUAUGUUGCUUGUAAGAAUUGUUAAAAGAAGUUAAUGGGCACUUUAAGGGUACAGCCAGGUGUAAUAAUGUAUGAAAUUGUGUCAGGAGUUGCUGCUGGGAUGGAGCUUGCAAGGAUACCUGCUCCUGAGGACCACUCAGGUCACAGGUUGUGGAGGGGAAGGUGCUGUGGACUGUUUACCAUCUACAAGUUACAGCUUAGUUGGUUUUAUCUAUGUGCUUAGUGUUUCACAUAUUAAGGACUGUCCAGCAUGAAAAUACUGCUUAACAAUGUUCAGUCCUGUUUUUAAUAUCUAAUGCAUCAGGACAAGUUAAGUGGAAAAGCAAUAACCCUUGCCUACCCUUCACGUGCCAGAAAUGAAUAGUGCAGUCUAUACAAGGAUUGACAUGCUAAUGAGGAGCUUAAACAGGCUGGGUACAGAAAACUGAAAAUUAACCUGAAAUGACAUGUACAUUUUCACUAUAAAAACUGAGCUUGCAAUGAGUUUACUGUGUCACUAAAUUGGUCUGUGCUUUGUUUCAAAAAGCCAGCUCGUCAGAGUGCUCAUGUCUCUUGUAUAACAAAUGUAAUUAGCUGAAAUUUAAGAGGAAAAAACUACCUGAGCUCCAGUAAUCUCACUGUCUGUGAUGGUCAGAGGAGCUCCAGUGAGUGCAGAUGCUACAAUCACCUGGUCAGAUUCAGCAGCCACGACACCAUCUACUGUUCUGUGCUGGACCGACCUAAGGUGUGUGUUUUAUCUUGGGAUUUUGAUACCACAAAGCUCUCAUGAGAGGGUUUGGAAGCAAUUAUGAUUUAUUGUGGUUAUCUGGUUCCAAGUGGCAAAGGAGAAGAGUGAAAGUAAUAUUGACAAUAGUGUCAAAACCAUAAUAUGAAGGAUAACAGUUGGUUACUGGAAUUUUUGUCUUGCUUGUAUUAAAACCUCUCACAUAAAUAUUAACAAUGCUACUAACAAGUUAUGAAGUUGCCAUUAAACCAACCUUUUAUCUUAAUUUCUGGCCCCAGUGCUUGCCUGCAUGUUUGUAUGCACUAUGCUGUAUUAAACAAAACACGAUUGCUGUUCAUGCAAACUGACGGCUCAGUUUCAAAAGCCUGGUGAGCAGAACACAAACCACAAAGGCACAGAUUGUGUGUCUCCACACAAGAGAGAUGAGAAACACAGCACGUUUGCUUUUGUCUUUGAGGUGAUACUUAGUCACAGAGGAAAUCUGAGAGUCUGCCUUUUGUUGCUUUGUUAGAGUAAAUAUGCAGAAGAUUUGCCUACUCUACACGGUGGUACUUAACCUGCACUUUGCAUAACGUACUCGAGGGUAAGAACUGAAAAACAUCUCUAGCCGAAGAGAGAUUUCCACCAGUGGAGGGGAAUUCAGCAGAAAGAUGCUAUGAUCUUUACUUGGAGAAAGUUUAGAGGAAAGCUAAGUGAUCAGUUGUGGCAUCAACAUUAAUGGUAUUCCAUUGAUCUCAAGACCACCACCUCCAAGGAGGAUGAGUCCUUCUUUUGAAAGGAAAUCUUUUCUCUUAAGCAGUUUCUUUAUAGGAACAAUCUUUCUAUGGAGUUAUUUAGAAACGUUUGUACUUGAUGUGUAGAGCAUGUGUUAAAAGUGUGCCCACACUGAAUUUGUUCCUGACCAAAUUAGCGUUACAAUUAGGUAAUUUAUCUUUUUUUGCCUCCAAAUAACAAAGCGGAUGAGAAUGCUGGCCAGAGGAAAGCUAAUGUCACAGAAAACUUUUAUCAAGGUGAUCGGCUUAGCCUGUGAGAUCAUGAUGCCUUACCUGUCUCUGAAAGCAGAAUGAUUGAGGUGAACACUUCUAAUCUGAAUGUGCCUGCUCACCCUGGGCUUUGAUGGAAGAAGGAUCUGAAAAUGGCUGGUAAAAGCACUUUAUUGGUGCAGAACUUGUCUGUCAAGAGAGUGUGGCCUUGCUGCAUGCCACUUCACUUGCUGCAUGCCACUUCACUGACACACACGAGCUCUGAGAUUUGCUGGCAUUUUCUCUCACCUCAUUCCCAAUCUCCCUCUGUGCCUGCUCCCUAGCCUCCUGGUGCUUUUCUCCUGAUGCUGUCGAGAGCUCUGAAACCUGUUUGGUACUUCCUUGUUCUCAGCAGUAACAGAAAGUUCCUUAAAACAAGCUCAAUAAAAACCAGUAGCUUUGCAUGUGGCUCUGGUUUUUAAAAGCAGGUUGGGUCCAGAAGGAUGAGGAGGUCAUUUAAAUAAACAAGAGAUGCUGCCUUAGUGGUGGUGAAGCACAUGCAUUUUCAGUGUGUCUGUGUCUGGAUAGAAAAGGGGGGCGCUAAAAGA